CGUUGCCCGAAUACGGACAGUCGGUCACUGCCACCCCUAACACGCUCCUUGAUCUCGCCGGUUGUUGUUUCUUUUUUCCUUCCCUUCGUUUGCACCCCGGUGAACGGUCCAUCUAGUUCGGCGGUACUCACUCUCUCUCUCUCUCUCUUUCCUUCUCUCUCUCUCUCUCUUUCUCUCGUCGAUCGUUUAAUCAAAUCUCUCGCAGAAGAUCCGCAGACCUCGGAGAGUAAGCUAGCUCCCGUCGACGGCGACGUCCUGCCCGUGAUUUUUAACGUGCCUGGAUUUCGAAUAACGUCAGUGAACCAACGGGGGACGGUCCACUGUCUCCGACUCCUUGGCCACCAGAAUGGACGGGCCGACGGUAUUAUCGAUGCCGCCGAUAACCGCGCCCCAAAAAUCAGCACAAUCGCCGCAGCCGCAGUCGCAUUCAAAAUCGAAUCAGGAGUUGCAGGUGAGCACGGUGUCCCUCUACGGGAUUCACAUCGUCUCCCUCGUGAUCGAGGGCCAGGAACGGCUCUGUUUGGCUCAGAUUAGCAACACGUUGCUAAAACAGUUCAGCUACAACGAGAUCCACAAUCGGCGGGUCGCGCUGGGCAUCACCUGCGUCCAAUGCACCCCGGUGCAGCUCGAGAUCCUCCGACGGGCCGGCGCCAUGCCGACUUCGUCCAGAAGAUGCGGCAUGAUUACGCGAAGAGAAGCCGAGCGUCUCUGCAAAUCGUUCCUCGGCGACAACGCUCCGCCUAGGCUUCCCGAGGACUUCGCGUUCUCUGUGCACCACGAAUGCGCCUACGGUUGCAGCGGUGCAUUCAUCCCGGCGCGGUACAACAGUUCCCGCGCGAAGUGUAUCAAAUGCGCCUACUGUGGACUGUUCUUCUCUCCGAACAAGUUCAUCUUCCAUUCGCACCAGAGGCAUCCGUCGGACAAAUGCGUGCAACCGGACGCGGCGAACUUCAAUUCGUGGCGACGUCACAUGAAGCUCUCCGGCAAUCCUCCUGACGAGAUCGUGCACGCGUGGGAGGACGUCAAGGCGAUGUUCAACGGCGGGACCAGGAAACGUUUAUUGAAGAAUCCGGCAUCGAGAGAAUCGCCGAUCCAGGCGAAAAAGCCGAGACUGUCUCCCACGGGACAGAUACCGGCUCUGGUACCGUCGCCGACGCAUCCCAGAGUCCCACCGUUCCCGGAACUGCCUCUGCCGCUGUCCAGGAGCCUGGUCAUGGACUACGUCUGGCACCAACAUCAGCAGGCUGCCGCCGUCGCCGCUGCCAAGACGCCUGGCUUCCCGUUCCAGCCUUACGCGCUACCUUGGCUCGCCAAGAGGGGUCCUGUCCUCUUUCCUGGACCGUUACCACCGCCAAUAAGCGGCUCCAGUCCCACGGAACCACUGCUGCCAACAGUGAACCCGACGUUACAUCAAUCCGCCUUCCGGCCAGUGAUUCGUGGACCGCCCAUGAUCGAGCCGAUCUCUCAAGAACAGCCAGUGGACAAGAUGAUGACGAGAGAGAACGACGAGAAUUCCGACGACGAGGUCGACAUCGAGACGACGGAGGAUGAUCCACUGACGCCACUGGCCACGCAAAAUCUUCAUUCGGUGCCGAAAUCCUCCACCGGAAGCCACAGCGGCCACAAUUCACCUCAAUGCUGGAGCCCUCCACGAGAAACGGAACGAGAGGCUGAGAAGAUUGCGGAGGAGGCGGCGGCCAUGCGAGACGUCAAACCGGAAAUACAAUCCCAGAGAAGUCCUGACAAUUGGCAGGGAAAUAAUUUCUAUCGACAUCUGAGCGCGCUGAAGGGAAACGAACCGACGGAGAGAACGGGAACGGAUUGUUCGGCCUGCCAUUCACGCGGAAUAUUUUACGGGCAGAUUCACAGUCCGUCUGCGUCCACUAAUUAAUCGGCGCGGCGAAAUAUCACAGCGAGAGAGAAUGAGAGAGUGAAAGAGAGCGAGAGAAAGCGAGAGAGCGAACGAGAGAGAGAGAGAAAACAAGAAACGACGAGAGAAAUAUUGAGAAAUCGUGGGUGACCGAUCAAGGUAGAGAAUCAAAUGCGAAAAGACAUCGUACCGGCUGGCUAUUUGCUAAGCACGAUGAUGAAGAUAAAUAAUAAUCUAUCUCUCGUGUCACGUGAAUGCGGAUCUGUUGCAAACAGAGCAUUGUCGACGCAUCGUCUAAUUCAAUUUCCGUGGACUCGAAACUGAUACAAAUAUUUUCUACAAUUUGCGGCUCGAUGGUUGUUUCAAUACUCGAUAACAAUUUGUUUCCUUGUUUCAUAUUGUUCAUACCACUGGUAAUAAAUUGUAGAACCAUUUAAAGAAUAAGAUUCGGAUUUUUAACUAGUUUAAUUGUAAUAUUUGUAUCGUAAGUAACGCAUAUCGUUGUUAUGAUUCAAUACUGAGACAAUUGGGUAAAAAAACGUGAUUUGGAGAUAUUCUACUAUUUCAUACCAAAUAAUAUUGUCUAGAUUAAAUGUAUUUUACUUUUAUUACUUCUUAUUGUUAUCAAUACCUUUGAGAAUUUUGGUACAAUAGUAGUAUAACUAUCAGAAACCAGGUUACGAUUCCUAAUAUCUACGAAGCAUGGAUAAUGAUAACUUCAAUAUAUUAUACAUUAGUAGGAAAUUUAGUGAAAACAAUAUAUCACUAUUUUCGAAAAUCAAAUUAUUAUUGGUAAAAUAAAACUUUAAAUGCUUUUUUCUUUAAACUUCAUUAUUUAUACGGUAUCUCAAUAUUGACUCAGAGCAGCGAUAUAUUGAAUAAAUGACUCAUAAAUGUAUCUCUAUUUCGACUAAUUUCCACGAAUUUCGAUGGCCCAAUAAGAAGCUGCUCAUUUCUCACAGCUCUACAUUUCCAAAUCGACUAGGUUACUGCAAUUCCCUAUAACGUUCUCCGAGUUCGCUUAGUCGGUAGCAAACCACAGACCCUCUUAAUGCAUCGUUUAAUCUGAAACUCGAACAACAGAACCGGGCGUUUCUCCGGCGUCUGUUGGAUACGAGUUUAUCGAGCGUCUGGAUUUCAGAUUUGCCGCAUUCAUGGAGCACACGCAGAGACAAAACUGUAAAAUAAGAAGGUUGUUCGAUCGUUAGACGAUUCAACUUGGGCGAACGGUUCGCCGAAGGAAACCGUUCUCGUCGUGUCGUCGCACGAACGCGUUGGCCAGCCGAUUACCGUGAAAUCGUUCGACGAGUGCUCGACGGCACUCGAGCGAGAAGAUAAAUGUUUCCGCGGGUGUAAUUAUCGGACAGGUAAACGCGCGGUAAUUAUU